AUGUUCGUUUUUAACUGGAAUCGUCGUCUGCGUAUUGGAGAUUCUCAGUUACUCGACGUUAUGCAAGAUCAGCUCCGCAACAUUACUCCAAGGCCUGAGCUGUUGGAUAGUUUUUCUUGGAAUAAAAAGGAUAAUUAUUCAGCAGCAGGUUUUAGGCGCAAACUGCUAUGCAGCCCGCAUCACAUUCUGCCAGCUACAGGUUUCUUUCCGGCCGGUGUUUCAACUGUUCACAAUGGUACUUUGGUUUCUAGAGAUCUGAAUUAUUCCUUUUGCUGGAAGUUCAAGCUUCCUCCCAAGAUUUCUUUCUUUCUCUGGCUUUUGUUAAGAAACCGAGUUUCUUCAAAUGUUUCUCUAGCUAAUAGAGGAAUCAUAUCGGUGGAUCACAUACCCUGUUCGUUUUGCUUUCAUGAUGAGGACAGUUUACACAUCUUCAUGUAUUGCCGUUACUCUUGGCUAUUUUGGUCGAAGUUGCUGAAUAUGUGCAAUGUUAUAACAGUGCCCCCAAACACUCUAAUUGCUUUUUUCUUAUUCUGGGAGGAUAUCGCUCUUAGGAAGUUUAAAGGGUUUUGGCAAACGUUAUGGUUCUUUGGUGUUUGGGAAUUGUGGAAAGUCCGUAACAAGAGAGUCUUCAGACAUGAACAUACUGAGGUUGACACAACCAUUUUCAUGACAAUAUGUAAGGCGGUGGAAUUCUAUAAGGAUAACCAUCAUGGGUUUACUUAUUCGGGAAAUGAUGUAUUUCGCAAUUUAACUUUUUUCUGUAAAUUUGCUUGA